ACGUGUUUUCAAACUCGUGUUUGAAGUGUUUUACCGCCGAGCGUGAAAACACGGGGAACCAAUCAGAGCAGCAGCUGUGGCGACACUGACUCCAACAUCAGUCUGUGAGCCAAUCAGAGACCUGAACCAGGCUCAGCCAUGUUUGGACGGAGCCGAGGCCCAAAUGUCGUUUUCCUCAUGUCUCUAGACGCCACGUUAUGAAGCGUGGGCGUGCCGUCAGUGCGGCGUCAUGAGGCGUUUGAUAAUCCGGUUUAUUAAAGAGUCUUAAUCGGAAUAAGGCGAUAAUUCGGUUUUCUCGAGUGUCGUGGAAACGGACUGACAGUGACGACCUUCGUGGAGGAGGGAGAGGAAAACCAAACCUUGAAGUUCCUGUACCGCCCCGGUCCACCUGAUCCCGCUCAUUUGGGCGUUUUUAAGGUCCGCCCAGAAGGUCAAAGUCACCUGAACUUUUCUCUGCUGCACCCGAUCGAAAACCUCCAACGUUUGUUCCCUCGACCAUCGCCGUGAACUCCAACUGAAGACACAACGACCUGCUCAACCUCGGAGGAGGAGGAAACGGCGUGGAAAUCAGCGAGUCGUCUGAGAAAGUGACAAACUCUCCACACUCUCCCGAAGUUUCGCCGAUUCAAGGUCGUGAAAAAAUGUGUUUGAAUAAACAUUUUAAUUAAAAAACAUCCGUAAACGGACAUUCAAAGAAUUAUGCCGCCGCCGCUGCCGCUGCCGCUGCCGCUCCUCCCCUCCCUCCCUCCUCGCCUCCUCGCCUCUCUUCAAGGAGACGUCUGAAAGAAGAAUUAAUCAUCGUCCGGACCGACCCUCCUUCUCUCCGAACCGCCGCAGAGAGUGACAGAGUGUUUCCAAAAGAUGAGCGUACGGCGAGAGGGGACGGCGGCGCUCCCAUGAAGAAGAUGAAGAAGGAGGAGGAGGAGGAGAGGAAGCAGAAACCAUCAACGCCGCCGUGUCACACUCUGCUGUUUCUUCACGUCGGUAUGGUAACCACCAGUUUCCACCGCAUCCACAACGGCAGCGAUUUUCGACAUCCGCCAAUUCCUACCAGAUCCGUUUGUGAGGCGAAUUUCACGGCGGAUUACGGACAACGGGAAUCAUGAGAACAAGAACCCGCAGAUUAACGUCCAAUCAGACGAUAACGGGGGGGGGGGGGGCUUUAAUCUUCCAAAUACAUUUGUAGUCAUGAUUAUUUCUAGACUGAACAAUCUUCAUUCAAGAAAUCUUGUUUAGUGAAAUGAUCUUACUGCAUGGACAGAUAAUUGAUCUUGUUUUUAGAGUUUUAAUCUUGUUUUCAGUGUGUUUAUCUUUUUUUAAUCUUGUUUUAAUCUUGUUUUCAGUGUGUUUAUCUUGUUUUUAGAGUUUUAAUCUUGUUUUUAGUGUGUUUAUCUUGUUUUAAUCUUGUUCUAAUCUUGUUUUUAUCUUGUUUUUAGAGUUUUAAUCUUGUUUUAAUCUUGUUAUUAGUGUGUUUAUCUUGUUUUUAGAGUUUUAAUCUGUUUUAAUCUUGUUUUAAUCUUGUUUUAAUCUUGUUUUCAGUGUGUUUAUCUUGUUUUUAGAGUUUUAAUCUUGUUUUUAGUGUGUUUAUCUUGUUUUAAUCUUGUUCUAAUCUUGUUUUUAUCUUGUUUUUAGUGUGUUUAUCUUGUUUUAAUCUUGUUUUCAGCCCCCCUUUCUUACGUUUGUACAGAUCAUUAUUCGUCUUUUAAAGUUUGUUCACGGAGGGUCUGUUUGUUGUGAAACGCCGUUCUGACUGAGGGGCCCGGUGGUCCCCGGGACAGGGACCCCCCGUCGCUGUGAAGUCAAAGGUCAGGGAGAGGGAAGGCGGGGGGGUAUGUGGCGCUCUGAGAAGCGGGUCGGCGAGCUCGGGCCUGAAUUAGCCACCUGCUGA